AUGUGUAGACAACAAGCCUACCCAGUACAACCAGCCUACGCGGUUCACAGUCCACAGCCAUAUUAUUCACCACAGGGCUAUCCACCACAGCCUUGCAUGGGAUAUCCGCCACAAAACACUGUUGUAGUUUAUCGGUAGGUUUAUUUAGCCAAAAAACAUGUUGUUUAUAUAAUAAUAAAUUAAGAUCUAUUAGUUUUUUCGCAUUUUUUGGCUUUAUAAAAUUAAAAAAGUUUAAAAAUGAAAAUGCGAAAGAAUUAAUGGAUCUUUUUAGUAAAUAUUUUGCAAAAAAAGAAUAGAUCUAUCUAAUAUACACAGCCUUUUUACCCAAUUUUUAUCGAUUAACAGCUAUUUUGAUAGGCCUUUUUAACUUUGACAACCUUUUUGACACAAUUUUUAAAAUCCCUAACUGAUAAUAGUAAAACCAAAGAUUAAGAAUACUAUUUUACAAGUAUUUUAUCUUAUUAUUGAAAAUACUUUGAUAAAAUUUCGAUUUUAGGCGCCAUGAUGAAGGCGACGCAUGUUGUUGUUUGGCAAUGAUGUUAGCAUGUUGCGCUUGUUGUCUGCUGGCCAAUAAUUAA